CUGAAGCCUGCCCCUUCCCCUGACCGAAGCCAGCCCCUAACUCUGACUGGAGCUAGCCCCGUCUCACUGAGGCUAGCUCCUUCCUCGGACUGGAACCAGCUGGGUCCCUUGACUGCGGCCAGUUCUGUCUCGGAACUGAAAUCAGCACUGUCCCCCGACUGGAACCAGCCCGUCCCCCCGACUCGGUCCCUCGACUGCGGCCAUCCUGCGCCCCACCCGGCUCCGGCCUCCCCCGCGAACGGCCAAGCCACUGUUCUUGUAGCCAGCCUCGGUGUACCCCUCAUCCGCAGCCGGCUUCUCUCUGGACACCAGAAGAAAUAGAAAGAUUGACGGUUGAUGAAGACCUCAGUGAUAUCGACAGGGCUGUUUACCUGCUCAGUGCUGGUCAAGAUAUCCAAGGAACAAGUGUGAUUGCAAAUCUUCCAAUUUUGAUGCGACAGAAUCCUACUGAGACCCUUCGGAGAGUCUUACCCAAAGUCAGAGAAGUCCUGCAUGUUGCAAGCGUGGAAAUGCAGCUAACGGCUGCAGUGUCAUUUCUGACCAUUCUACAGGAAGAAUCGAUGUCAGUCCACACCUAUGCACACUCCUUCCUGCAAAUCAUUCUCCUGCAUCUGGAGCACAGGGACACAGGUGUCAGCAAUGCAUGGCUGGAAACGCUUCUCUCUGCAAUAGAAUUAUUACCAAAAGAAACCCUGAGGCAUGAGAUUCUGAAUCCACUUGUUUCCAAGGCACAACUUUCCCAAACUGUCCAGUCGCGUUUAGUUAGCUGUAAAAUUUUAGGAAAACUAACCAACAAAUUUGAUACCCAUAGCAUUAAAAGAGAAAUACUUCCCCUGGUAAAAUCACUCUGUCAAGAUGUGGAAUAUGAAGUUCGAUCUUGUAUGUGUCGGCAGUUAGAAAAUAUAGCUCAGGGCAUUGGGACAGAACUGACAAAGAGUGUGGUGCUCCCCGAAUUAAUAGAACUCUCUAGGGAUGAGAGUGGCAGUGUGCGACUUGCUGCUUUUGAAACCUUGGUUAACAUGCUUGACAUGUUUGAUACAGAUGACAGAAGUCAAACUAUACUUCCUUUAGUGAAGUCAUUCUGUGAAAAAUCUUUUAAAGCAGAUGAAUCCAUUCUUAUUUCUUUAUCUUUUCAUUUAGGAAAGCUCUGCCAUGGACUCUAUGGAAUUUUCACUCCAGAUCAGCACUUGAGAUUUUUGGAAUUUUAUAAGAAACUUUGUACAUUGGGUUUGCAACAAGAAAACGGCCACAGUGAAAAUCAGAUUCCAUCCCAAAUUGUAGAGCAGGAGAAGAAAUACACUUCAGUACGGAAGAACUGUGCUUACAACUUUCCGGCCAUGAUUGUUUUUGUUGAUCCUAAAAACUUCCACAUGGAACUCUAUUCUACAUUCUUCUGCCUUUGUCAUGACCCUGAAGUACCAGUCAGAUAUACUAUUGCUAUUUGCUUUUAUGAAGUAUCUAAACUUCUGAAUUCUGGCGUAUAUUUAAUACAUAAAGAACUGAUAACAUUAUUACAAGAUGAAUCCCUGGAGGUACUAGAUGCUCUUAUAAAUCACCUCCCGGAAAUCUUGGAACUUAUGUCUAUUGGUGGAGAAAACAGUAUUCAAGAAAAUAAGUUGUCUUCUCUGCCUGACUUGAUUCCCGCACUCACGGCUGCUGAGCAACGAGCUGCAUCCUCUCUGAAGUGGAGGACCCAUGAGAAGCUGCUGCAGAAAUAUGCCUGUCUGCCUCACAUCAUAUCAAGCGACCAGAUUUAUUACCGUUUCUUACAAAGAAUGUUCACCAUCAUGAUGACAAAUAAUGUCUUACCUGUUCAAAGAGCAGCUGCACGAACUCUAUGCGUUUUUCUACGCUAUAAUCGUAGACAAGAGCAGAGACAUGAAGUCAUUCAAAAAUUAAUUGAACAGUUGGGCCAAGGAAAGAGUUAUUGGAAUAGACUUCGGUUUUUGGAUACCUGUGAAUUUAUCAUAGAGAUCUUUUCCAAAUCAUUUUUCUGCAAAUAUUUCUUUCUACCUGUUAUUGAACUAACUCAUGACCCAGUAGCGAAUGUGAGAAUGAAACUUUGCUACAUGCUGCCCAAAGUGAAAUCAGCUCUGAAGAUUCCUGCAGACAUGCAUCUUCUUCAGCAGUUAGAAAUGUGUGUGAGAAAACUCCUGUGUCAAGAAAAAGAUAAAGAUGUCCUGGCUAUUGUGAAAAAAACAGUAUUAGAGUUGGACAGAAUGGAAAUGUCUAUGGAUGUGUUUCAGAAAAAAAAUUAUGAGAAAGAUUUAUUGGAUCAAGAGAAAGAAAGAGAAGAACUACUAUUUUUGGAAAUGGAACAGCUUGAGAAGGAGAAGCAUCAGAACGAAGGGAGGUCCUCCAGUGAGAAAAGUUUUGAGAAGAAACGCAGAGACCCUAGGACACCAGCGCAGAGUCUACCCAAGAACAUCCCUGUUUCUGUUCCUGGACCAUCUAGCACUCCAUCAACAAGCAAAGAAAUCAAGAAAUCCAAAUUGAUUCGAAGCCAAUCUUUUAAUAAUCAAGCUUUUCAUGCAAAAUAUGGCAACUUAGACAAGUGUGCUAGUAAAAGCUCCACCUUAGCUCACACACCUUCCGUCUCAGGGCUGGUGAGGACUGCCAUGCUUUCACUAACUGAUGACUCAUUCCGGACUCGCAAUACCAGUAGCGUCCCAGCCUCCUUUUCUCCCAAUCCUGUUUUGCCCAGUACUUCCCGUGGGACAGGUAACACAGCUGAUCCAAAGAGCAGUGGAGGUAAAGAUGUGCAGCCUCGGAAGGCUACCUUAAAAUCCAGAAAAUCCAAUCCUUAAGUCAACUGCUUGGUGAAGGAGACAAGCAGUCAGCAGACCGUGAUGGUGGAAAAGAGCUCCAGGGAUGGCCGGGCUUGUUAAAGUGUGGAGGGGAGAAAGGAACAUUGUGAGCUGCUGUGAAAUGUACCUUACUUGGAAUUAGAUUUCCUAGGAGGUAUGACGUGUACUAGCGUGGGCUCUGAACCUCGGUGUCCAGUACAGUGUAAUGAGCUCCAACUUGAGAUGUGUACCCAGACUGCAGGAGAGACUUGCCUGUCUGUGAGAAGCUGCUCUUGGUUACUCUAAGUUGUACAUUUAGAAAUUCCAUAGCAGUCUGGAUUAGCUGAUUGCUCCUUGGGUCGCAACCUGGGCAGGGACACAAGAGGUAAGGAAGGCACUGUAUUUCCUCAGAGCUCUCUAAGCUGAGCAGAAAAAUCAAACUGAACACUGUCCUAUGGGUCCUGGGAUCCUGUGACAGUGUCAGCACCUGGACAACCCCAGUCUAGAUUCGGCCAUGAAAAUCUGCAAAGAUUCAUGAAAAUUUUAGCUAACAAAUACCUUAAAAAUGAUAGAUUGAUGAUUUCCUUAAUUUAAUUCCCAGAAUUUCUUUUAUAAAUGCUUUGUUUACAUUUUGGAUUGUAUCUGUCCUUAAUUUCAAAUGAUGAAUCUAGUUUGAAUCAGCUGUUAUUCCAAGCUAUCAUGCUCACGCUACGCCAACAGCACCCAUUUGUACUGAUGCUAAUACUUCCAUCAAAAUUUGUCUGUGGAACAUAGAUUGUCCUUAACUUUAAAAUGUCGGUUCCUGAGAUAGAAUGUAUGAAGCUAUUGUCAGCUUCUCUAUUUCAAAUGCAAUCAGCAUAUACCUAUAUUGAUAUCAGAAAAUACUUGUUUUUUAAAGAUAUAUUGAUGUAUGAUAAAGAUGAUCUAAUUUGUGAAUGCAUUUGUGUGCGUGGUUACUUUUUAUAAUGUGAAAUGGAUAAUGAGCUUGUUUAAAAUAAAGCAGAGGUUAAUGAGCACUUGUGAGAAAAAGUUUUAAAUACUUUCCUACAGCUCUUACUCUAUAAAGAAAAGGCAGUUCAUCUUUAAACAAUGAGCAAGUGGCGCAGAUUUGUGUUAACUUGAAAGGACUCUGGGACAGCUGCUUACUGCUUUUUCAUUCUUUGUCAUUUCUUUCCUUCCCUAUGACCUCUUUAGGGAUCAUUGAGGGACUCAUAACACCAUUCAUCAAAGACAGUCAGGUCAGAAGUGAGAGUUUAAUAGCCAUGAGAAAUUUGACUGUUCUGCAUAACGGAAUUCAGUUUAACUAGUUUAUGUCUCCUACUAAUGUUAGUAAUGUGGGAUUGAAUCUACUGUGGUCUGGAGAAUUCAUUGUGCAUAAGGGGACCUCAAGGCUGCAUCAGUUUUUCCAGUACUCUGGUUCAAAAAGUCGGCAUUGACUUUGUCUACUUUAAAUAAAAUGGAAAGUUUCAAUUUGAUUGUUAAAUAAUACACUUAGUAGUUAUAAACUUUUUAUAUUCUUGUUAUAUAUGUGGAAUAAGGGGGAAGUGAUCUGACAGAAUAGUCACCACUGCUUAUAAAGUUGGAAGUCAAUUGCUUAGGCAUUAAAUUCUCAAUUAAAACAGUUAUUCAAAAUUACUUUUGGAAGUAUUUCUUUUCACAAGCAUUAAAAACUUUUAAAAAAUUUGAAUCUUUGUUAAAAUUAUAUCCCAGAGACAAAUAUGCAGGAAGAUUAAAAUGCAAGUGGGUGGCAGAUAGGAAUACUCACUCAUAUCUUCGUUUUGUCAGCAAACCUAACCUCCUUGAACUAGGUGUGUUGACAGUGCUCUGCUCCAUCUGCAGUGUGGCCUCCCUGCCGCUGGCGUUGCCUAUGUUUGUUUCAGUAUGGUUAUAGCCGUAGGGUUGCUUUUCUAGAUUUCAUCUCUCAAAGUGGGAAAAGUGCCAGAACCCUCUUUUGAAAUUCCUCUUUCUGGUCCCAGGUUCAAUUCCCAGCAUCCACAUGCUGAUUCACAGCCACCUAUAUCUGUGGUCCUAUGGUAUCCGAAGCUCUCUUCUGGUGUGCGAGUAUCCAUGCAAACAAACAUCCAUAUACAUAAAA